AUGACAUUUAAACAAGAUGCAAAGGCAGCUUUUGAUGGUCUUUCCAUUACUGACAAAUUACUUCCACUUUUGAUUAUUCUUGCUAUUGUGAUUGGUGUAUUGAUUUCUGUUUAUGUACCUUUAAGUGGCGAUGCCUUUGACGGUGCUCAAGUAGUUGGUGUUUCUGUUCCAUUAGCAGUCGGUAUGAUAAUUAUGAUGGUUCCUCCAUUAUGUAAAGUUGAAUGGGAAAAUUUUCAUAAUUUCUUCAGGAAAAGUACUUAUUUGCGUCCCAUUUUGAUUUCUUUAUUUUUAAACUGGAUCGUGUGUCCAUUCAUCAUGCUUGGAUUGGCGUGGUUGGUCUUGUUUAAUUAUGACGAAUAUAGAACUGGUAUUAUUAUGAUUGGUAUUGCAAGAUGUAUUGCAAUGGUUUUAUUAUGGAACGAAAUUGCAUUGGGUGACAACACACUUUGCGCCGUACUUGUUCUUGUUAAUAGUUUGUUGCAAGUUGUCUUAUUUGCACCAUACCAAUUGUUCUUUUGUUAUAUUAUUAGCGGAGACCCUGUUCCUGUUGAUUCUGGUGUUUCAUAUUCAAUUGUGGCCAAGAGUGUUGCAUUCUUUUUGGGAAUUCCACUUGCAUUAGGUGUAAUUAUAAGAUUUACCUUAAGAUACUUUAAUGUUUACAGCAAAUUGAUACCAUUUAUUAGUCCUUGGGCUUUGAUUGGGUUAUUGUAUACCAUUAUUGUUAUUUUUGUUGAUAAAGGUAAAGAGUUUAUUGACGAGAUUGGAACGGCGUUCCUUUGUUUUAUUCCAUUAACUUUAUAUUUUGUUAUCUGUUGGUUUGCUACAUUCUUUACAUUGAGAUGGUUUUCUAGACCACGUAAAGUGAAAGAGGAAGAAGAAGAAGGUGAAAGAUUGUUGUGUGGAUGUGAAGAAAAAUUAGCAAAGUAUCCUACAAAAUGGAAACGUGGAUGUGCUGCUAACUACGGCCAGAUUGUCACUCAAUCGUUUACUGCCGGUUCAAACAAUUUUGAACUAGCACUCAGUAUUGCAAUUUCAGUUUAUGGUUCAGGAUCUAAACAAUCAAUUGCCGCGACAUUUGGUCCUUUAUUAGAAGUUCCUAUUCUAUUAUUCUUGACUUUUGUAGCCAGGUAUUUUAGAACCAAGUUUAUCUGGGAGGAUGUAGAAUAA